CUUUAUUUCAAAUAAAUGCCAGCGUGCUUUAGCCACCCAUGCUCCAGAGCUGCUACAAUAUAUCACACAGAAAAGCAGAGGUACUAUUGUGACCAGCAUUUUGACUUAAAGUUCCUACCUGAAGAAGGAGCCAGGCUGGUCAAGUCAGAGUUAGUCAAGACUAAGCUAAAUAGCUUAGAAAAGGCGAUCAUGAUUUACAAAGUCUUCAUGGAUAGUGAAGAAGACCUAACAGAUACCCAUAAAGACCUUUAUCUAAAAGUUUCCCAGAGUCUUACAGAACUAAGACAACAGCUGCAGAUUGACUUAAGAGAUCAAGCCAACGCGAUCAAAAAGGAAAUCGACACUGAGACUGAGUUCUCUGAAUUCACAAAGGAGUUCUUCUGGAGUUUGACAAAUGAAGACAGCACUGGCAACAAGAAUUCCAAGUCUCCUCAGAUCUUACUCCAGGAAAAAUCCGAAGAAAUUGAAAGAUUCCAAGAGGAGCUCAAGCAAAAAGAGGCCCAUAUCGAAGACCUAGAGAACGAGAAUAAAAAAUUGCAGAAGAUUAUCCAAGGCAUGGCUCCCAAAGUGGAUACAGCUAAACCUAUACUUGCCAUGACUAUUGAAGAGUUCAAUGCUCUGUUCCAACAGGAAGUUGGAAGCUCAAUGUCUAUAUGCUCUGUGUCAGAGAUAGGGCUCGAACUCAGAGAUGAGAAAUACAUGCAGUUCUUGAAUAAGAUAGAUAGGACUGCUCCUAAUAUCAAAACCCUUCGACUCGAUUAUGUUCCUCCUGAAAAUCAAGUGGUGAUUAAUUUCAUGCAAAAUUAUUUUCCUGAGAAACUAGAAGGAUUUGAGUUCAACUAUGGACCAAAGCUUUCAGAUGGGCUAGACUACUAUAUUAAUGAUAUCCUAGCAAUAGCACCCCAUGUGAAAAAUGAUCUCAUGAUAUAUUGUUAUGAAAUAAGCCAAGAAAACUUGAUAUCCCUAUUCUCAGCUGCCAAGAACAAGAAAAAGUUGGGUUUUGAAUGCUGAAAACUAGAGUUAUCGACUAGUCCAGACCUAAAAUCAGUUCUAUCAGGCUGUACUAUAGAGAAGCUUGAUUUCUCAUCUUGAGGAUCCUACGGCAACUUCCCAGAAAAUACAAGUCACAUGUCAAACCUUCUAAAGGCCCUUGCAGAGUCUCCAGAUUUAAGGAAGAGUCUUAAAGAGAUAAAAACUAUGAACUGGGGAUUUAAUACACCAGAGAUCACAAAGAUCCUACUAAAUUGGGGAUUCGAAGAUAUUAAAGUUGUUAAUUAUUACUACUAAGCAAUUUCAG